AUGUUUCAAUUUUUCCCAUCAACCUUUUUCAACUUCGAAUUUACCCGUGUUCUGGGCACUAUUGCUUUCGGAGGAGCGGAGCUCGCCGAAUGCCUGGACGCGGCCACCAGCAUAGUCAGCGAUGACCCCGAGACAUGGCACCAGGCCUGGUUGACCCAGGCUGAAAAGGCCGAGGCUCUAGCCAUCGAUGCACUGGCACAUGGUGACAAAAUCGCUGCACGGGAGGCGUUUCUGCGAGCUUCGAACUACUUCCGAGCAAGCCAAUACAUGUUCAAUGACCGACCAGAUACGCCCGAUCCGCGGGUGAAGCAGUUCUUCGCUCGGAGUGUGGCUACGUUCCGUCAAGCACUUCCCUUUUUCGAGCAUCAGGCUCACUUGCUUCGGAUCCCGUAUCGCGGCGACAUUCACUUGCCAGGGUACUUAUUUAUUCCGGACGUCCCUCCCAGCAGUGAUCGCGCAAAUGCCCCGUUCCCCGUCAUCAUUUGUUGUAACGGCGCCGACUCAACGUCAGAAGAGCUGUAUACGCUGUUCGGCGCCAGUGGCUGUAAGCGAAACUACGCCGUUGUUCUGUUUGAUGGACCCGGACAGGGCCACAGUCUUCGAGAGGAGAAGCUCCCCAUGCGCCCAGACUGGGAGAAUGUGACGACUCCGGUCCUAGAUUACAUCUGCAAGAUCGCAGGGCAGAAUCCCCAGUGGCUCCUUGAUACGUCGCGCAUUGCUCUGGCCGGUGUCUCCAUGGGGGCCUACUACGCCCUCCGCGGGGCUGUGGACCCGCGCGUCAAGGCGUGUGUCUCCAUCGACCCAUUCUAUGAUAUGUUUGAUCUGGCUACGUCGCGCAUGCCGCCCUGGUUUAUCCGGGCGUGGUUGGCUGGCUGGAUUACGGACGGGAUGUUUAAUGCCACCUGGGCGACCCUUUCGAGAUUCAACUACCAGCUGAAGUGGGAAUUGACACAUGUGAUGUGGAUUUUUGGCCAGCCGUCUGCCGCGGCGGCUAUGCGGGAGAUGCGUAGGUAUACACUUGAUGUCGGAGAAGGUAGGGUGCCGUACCUGUGUCAGACCAAGUGUCCGGUGCUUGUGAGUGGAGCAGCUCACACUAUCUACACGACCCCUGAAAUCAGUACCAUGCGUGUGAAUCAAGCUCUUGAUCAUCUGCCCGACUCCAAACGGCAGGUUUGGGUUGCACGAGAACCUGGAGAUGGGGGACUGCAGGGGAAGGUGGGUGCUUGGCGUCUUCUACAGCAAAGAAUGUUUCAAUUUCUGGGAGAGCAGUUGGAUGUGCAGCAAUGCCGUGGGGUGGAAGGGGGGAACGCAGCUUGUCGAAACAGGCCAUAG